UGCCUUUAUCUACUGUUACAAAGUACUCUGUGCUUUGUAUCAAAGAAAUCAUGCGUCAAUGUCAUUUUACAUUUUUUUACUCAUAGUUUUAUAUGAAUUUGAAAUUAUAAAUAGGUUAUAAAUUAUAAUAUAAUACAGAAAAUAAGACCACAAGUUAAAAUAAAAACGUGUAACUUAAAAGGAAUAGAAACUUUAAUAUUAGUAAUAAAACAACAAUUUUGACAUGUCUUUCAUUAAAAAAGGUUUAUUGCAGACUCCGGUUUCAUUGAUUGUCGCAAAACGAUUCCGCGGAAAAAUAAAUGUACAAAAGCCACGAAAACCGCACUUCGAAAAACAACUUUUGAUCGAUAUAUCAAAGCCAUAUUAUGGUCCACCAAAAAAUUCAGUACCUGAAAUAACUCUUUGCGCAAAUAUAAAUAAGAAAUCCUACAAAAGAGAAAUUGAUAAUCCAUUCGAAAGAAUCUUGGCUAAAGAAUGUCUGGAUUGGUUUAAUACCUCUAAAAUGGUUGUAUUCCUACAUGUUAAUUCAAUUAGCAUGGAAGACAAGACACCAGUUUUUGCAGCUUUAAAAAAGAAUGAUAUGCAUUUAAGAACUUAUGGUAAAAAGAUAGUCAGCAUGGCGACUAAAGGAACUCGAUAUGAAGUUAUUAAUCAGUUGUUUACUUCACAUCAAAAUAUUAUAUUUGGUCAGCCAGAAAAUGCUGCAAAAAUGUUUAAAAUACUUAGAAAAGCACCACAAUUGGUUGUAAUGGGAGGUAUAAUUGAAGACAGAUUAAUAUCAAAGAAUGAUUUAGUUGAAUACAGUAAAUUACCAAGUUUGGACAUAGUAAGAAGCCAACUUUGCUCUGUUCUCCAAAGUGCAGGAUCAUGUCUUGUUGGACAAUUGAACCAAAAUCAACAAAUGCUUGUAUCUCACCUUGAAAAGCAUGUAGAAAUACAAAAGGCUCCAUCAAAUUCUACAGAUAAUCUAAACGCAAAUGCAAAAAGUGAGUCUACUCUAUGAGAAGCGUACUGCAAUAUAAUGUAGAUAAUGAAAAUAAAAUACAUAGUAAGAUAUAAUAAA